UUCUGAGAUAAAGUAAACAAAACUUUUGAACAAAACAAAUAUAUUAGUUUGUUACUAAUAACUCUCUCAUAAAAUUAAAUACUGUUAUUUUAUAUGGCACUUUAAACGAAAAUGUUGAAUCUUUCAAAUUAUAUUGUCGGAACUUGCCCACACAUGUGCCCUAUUAAGGAAACCAAAAUGAGAGAAAAUCAACGAUUGCUUCACAUUUUUGAAGUAGUACCUGGCACAGAAAGAGAUGAAUUACCAAAAGCAGAUCUUAAUCGAGUAGUUAAAAGCUUUUCCAGGUCAGCAGCUGGAAAAAACCUCACUGAUCCAGAGAUUUUACGACCUGUAUCGAUUUUGCUAGAAACGGUGAAUUAUUUAUUAGACGAUAUUAUAAAUAAUGAAUCUGACUGGUUAUUGAAAUAUAACUUUAUCAUGGAUAGACUCAGAUCUGUAAGGCAGGAUAUGGUUAUCCAAAAUAUUUCUAGGGCACACCAGAUCGUUAUUCUACAGCCUAUAAUAAGAUUUCAUGCUUAUGCAGCUUACAGGUCCUGUGAGGAACACAUAAACGAAUUUGAUCCACACAUCAACAAUAUCCAUCUGCAAGAGUGUUUGAAACGAUUACUCUGCAUGUACGAUUAUUAUGAUCAUUUAGAAAUCACUACAAAGUCAAAUUCAGGCUUUUCCAGUGAUUUUUUGGAAGAAAAUAGACCUUAUUUUGAAACACUAUAUCUAAUAUUCAACAUAGGAGAUGUUGAUGCAAUAAAUAGGACUCUGAGCAUACCUAAGCAUUGGCGAACUGAUUUACUAGUAACUGGCCUUAAAAUGAGUUUAAGUUAUGUGGCUGGUAAUUAUUUUAAAGUAUGCAAACUUUUGCAAACAAUGCCUCUAACAAUACAAAUGAUAAUGUAUCUUCAUAUGCCAAAACUUAGAAGAUUGUGUUUAAAAACUAUGGAUGUAGCUUAUAACAGCAAAAAUUUGUCAUAUCCAAAGAUUAUUUUAACUAAGUUACUCUUGUACAAUUCAGAGGAUGAAUUGGAAUCCGAUUGUAAACACUAUGGAUUGAAAUUUAAUGAAGAAGGGAUUUGUUUUUUAAAAGAUUUUCAACAGGAUGCAAAGAAAGUGAAAUCGCGGCGCAGUUCAGAAAUAGACAAAAUUUUAUUGGAUUUGGACCUAUCUACAUUGCUUCUUUUUGGAGAUAUUUAGUCAUAGUUAUAUUUACAUUAUUAAAAAAAUAAAUUUAUUAUUAUUCUUAAG